ACUGCAUGGUUCAUAUGUAUGCGUCCCGUUACGUCGACCUGCGCAGGCGUUAGACAGGUUUUGUUGUCAUCCCGCUGCGCAGGCGCCGGCAACCAUACCUACGGCGGACGCCGAACCUCGAGGACUUUCUCCAAGUACCAGGAGAGCAUAAACAUGAGGAGCACAUUGCUCUGGCUGUGUGCGCUAACGGUGGUGGCGUCGUGCUGGGCCCAGCAUUACAACAACCGCUAUGAGAACUUCAAUGCAGACGCGGUCAUCGCCAACGAGAGGAUUCUUCUCGCUUACUACAAGUGCGUCAUGGACAAGGGCCCUUGUACAAAGGACGGGAAGAAUUUCAAACGUGCACUGCCGGAAACCCUGACCACCGCGUGUGGUCGCUGCUCUCCGUUGCAGAAGAUCGUCGUGAGGAAGCUCUUGCUCGGCAUCCGAGGGAAGAGCGAGCUCCGGUUCAUUGAACUCCUGGACAAAUAUGACCCGGAGCGCUCCAAUAGGGACGCUCUCUAUAAUUUCUUAGGCGUUUGAUUUUGUUAUUUAUCUUUACUAGCCAUCUCACUCUUUAACAAAUUCCUCUUUCUCUUUUUACCUUAUACCUUUUAAACUACGAAAAAAAAACAAUCAUUAUUUCCUUGAAGAAGGAAUAUAUUUCCAUUCAAUAACUUUAUCAGCAUAUCAGGAAGUAUAUUGGUAACGAAAUCCGGCCGUCUAUUUCUAAAUGUUAUUGUUAGGAAUAUUCCAAAUUAACAAUCAGUCUUAAUUUUUUAAAAUAAUUUUAUUUAAGUACAUCAGACUAUCGGAGGAUAAGCAAUUCAUACGAUACUUGUCAACCAAUGCAUUUAUAAUGUUAACUAUUUUAACAUAUCUAAGUUAUUUUUGUAGGAAAUAAAAUAUAUUAUGAAUUUG